AUGCUGCGAUACUGGGGUGAGAUUCCGGUUUCAUCUAACCAGGCCAACCGCAGCUCCUUUGACCUGCUUCAGCGUGAGUUUCGUACUGUGGAAGUCCAAGAUCCUCCAUUGCAUCAGCCAUCUGCAAACAAACCCCGGCCGACCACCAUGUUGGACAUCCCCUCGGAGCCCUGCAGCCUCACGAUUCACACCAUUCAGCUCAUCCAGCACAACAGGCGGCUGCGCAGCCUGAUUACCAUGGCUCAGGCUCAAAACCAGCAGCAAGCGGAGGGCAUAAAAACUGAAGACAAUGAACCUCUGCCAUCUUGUCCGGCCUCUCCACCUCUCCCUGAUGACCUGCUUCCUCUGGAUAGCAAAACCCCCAAAAUGCCAUUUCAGCUGAGGCACAGUGACCCAGAGAGUGAUUUCUACAGAGGAAAAGGGGAGCCAGUGACUGAGCUGAGUUGGUCCUCCUGCCGGCAGCUUCUCUACCAGUCAAUGGCCACCAUCCUGGCUCACACAGGCUUUGAGUGUGCCAAUGAGAGUGUCCUGGAGACCCUGACAGACAUCGCCCACGAGUACUGCUUGAAGUUCACCAAACUGCUGCGCUUUGCUGUGGAUCGAGAAGCUCGACUAGGGCACACCCCUUUCCCUGAUGUCAUGGAGCAGGUCUUCCAUGAAGUGGGCAUUGGCAGCGUGCUCUCGCUGCAGAAGUUCUGGCAACACCGCAUUAAGGAUUAUCACAGCUACAUGCUUCAGGUUAGCAAACAGCUCUCUGAAGAAUAUGAGAAGAUUGUCAACCCUGAAAAGGCAGCAGAAGACACAAAGCCUGUGAAAAUUAAGGAGGAACCUGUUAGUGAUAUUACUUUCCCCAUAAGUGAGGAGCUGGAAGGAGAUCUGGCUUCUGGUGACCAGUCUUUGCCCGUUGGAGUCCUUGGAGCUCAAAGUGAGCGCUUCUCUGCCAACUUGGAAGUAGAAGCUUCCCCGCAGACUUCAGGGGCUGAGGUGAACGCUUCCCCACUCUGGAACUUGGCACAGGUAAAAAUGGAGCCACAGGAAAAUGAGGAGGCUAAUGUACAUGGCCACGGGGUCCUAGGCAGCGAUGUCUUUGAGGAGCCCAUGUCAGGCAUGAGCGAAGCUGGGAUGCCACAGAGCCCCAAUGGCUCUGAGAGCAGCUACGGUUCUCAUUCUGCUGACAGUCUGAUGGGAUCCUCACCUGUCUUCAACCAGCGCUGCAAGAAAAAGAUGAAGAAGAUGUGAAAAGAGACAGUCUUUUUGUUUAGUCCUGAUGGUAUGUAACAGACUUGAAACAAACUGAGAGUACUGUGAUGGCUAUGAUUCAUAAACAGGGCUGGCCCUGGAGUGUGAGGGACCUUGCAUAAAAUUAUUAUGAGAGGUUUGAUGUGUAGUGCACUUCAGCUCCCCUCUUUGCUGGCUUCUGUGCUCCAUCCUGACUCAUGAGAAUGAAGAUCACCCGGUACAUUUGGUGGCGGCAUGGCUUGC